AUGGCACGUACCAAUCUGGUUCCUGUCCUUUCAGGCCUGUGGAUUGGCACUCUUUUUGUUGCCCUUGAUGAGACAAUGAUUGCAACGAUAGCAGUACCAAUUACCACAUCGCUUGCAUCUCUCUCAAGCUUUUCAUGGGUCUCGACGACUUAUCUCACUGGUAGCAUAGUAUCACAAGCCAUUAGUGGCCAUCUGGUUGACCUUUUUGGACGCAUUCCUGGCCUCAUGGUCUGCUUUGCUCUUUUCACGACUGGCACAGUAGUAUGCGGGUUGGCACCAACACUCCCCUUUUUCCUCUUGGGCAGAUCGCUCCAAGGCAUUGGGGGAGGAGCUAUCUGCUCGAUCACAUCAGUCCUCGAGACAGAUAUCAUACCAGUACAACGGCGAGCUUUUGUUGAAGGCCUCGCGAACCUUUUCUAUGGUGUGAUCCUCGCCCUUGGUGGGAUAUACGGCGCUUUUGUGACUAGGCUUCUUAGCUGGAGAUGGGCUUUUCUACUCCAAGUGCCUGUCAUCAUCAUCGAUGGUAUUGCGAUCUUUUGGAUCGCCAAUGUCCCUGAUAAAAGGGUGCCAGGCUUCUCGUACCAUGAACUUGAUCUCGUCGGAAUAUCUUCUCUCUUAGCAACCAUUGUCCUUUCUGAAUACGGUCUCAAUCUCGCGAGCACAAACACGGACUGGCGAUCACCAUAUGUCACGAUUUCACUCUCCAUCUCAGUCAUAUGCCUUGCCAUCUUCAUAUACUGGGAAACUAGCCGAGCGAAACGUCCUGUUGUGCCGGUCAAUGCUUUACUGGAGCGCAGUGUAGGAGCGAUCCAGAUCUCUGCAUUCCUUUCGACUGGCUGUCUGGCAAGUGUUUUCUUCUACAUUCCAAUCUAUCUGGACGUCCAUGGCUUGACCGAUACAGCGAAGAGUUUGCGGUUCAUCCCUUUAGCGCUUCUGUUUGGUCUCGCAGGUGUUGUUAUUGGUCAUAUAGUCCAAUGCACCAAUCGCUACUAUUAUACCAACCUGAGUCUACAGCUCACGGCGACCGUCGCUUAUGCUUUACUCUGCACACUGCAUCAGAAUUCGCAGUCUUGGGAGCCGUUCUUCUAUCUGGCAAUCCUUGGGUUUGGAGUAGGGGGCUCCUACGUGACAAACCUCCUAGGGAUCUUGACUUGCGUCUCUGAAGCAAAUCUCACAACAGUACAAAGUGCUUCGUGGAGUGUUAGAUCUGCUGGUGUUGCUUUUGGCCUUAUGACCUCAUCAUUCAUCUUUCAGAGUGUGGCCAGGGUUUCUCUCAGCAUGACAGGACACCAAGCCUUGAUAGGUGGCCAUAGCAGCCAGGACUUUGCCGAUUUGCCCGAGUUGUCAAAGGUGCCGGAAGAGUACAAAGAAGCUUAUAUCAAGAGCUAUGACAGAGGUACACAUGCAGUGUUCCUUGCUUUGCUAGCUCAAGCGGCAAUUGGGACAGUCGUCUGUCUUUUCAUCCAGGACAGAUUGAUACAGCAGAAUGAUUACUUAAGCCAAGAUCACCAGAUCCACCAGUUGAGCCUUCUGGACGAUAGCUGUGACAUAGAGGAUUCGAGCUGCAGGUUUCAGGUUCAUCAUUCCCAUGCACCACAAUUAGAUUAA